AUGUUGUUCGACUGGAUACGCGGAACGAUAGGCUGCACACCAAAAAAAGCAGACCUAAAUUAUUUGAGCGAAGCGGAGAUUGUGGCUUUGAAGAAAACCUGGGAAAGAAAUGCGCACAAUCAAGCUUAUCUGUUGUUUCUCUACCUUUUCUUUAGAGCCAAGCAGAACGACAUUGGUCAACAUAUCCUCUAUGCUCUUCUUGAAGCAAAACCUCAGUUUCGAUCUUAUUUUGCUAUCCCAGCUUAUGCACUUGAAAUGACGCAAUUGCGGCAAUGCAAUCAAUUUCAAAUUCAGGCACGCAGAAUCCAGAACUUUUUGGAUACGGCAGUUUCAACGCUGGGUUUUUGCCCAAUGAGUAAUGCCUUGACGAUGGCGCAUCAAUUAGGAAAAAUACAUUUUCACAGGGGUGUAAAUUUUGGUGCUGAUCACUGGUUGCUUUUCAAAAAGGUCACUGUGGAAGAGAUUAUUAAACAUAUUGGACCGAAAGAAUAUACCAUUCUCGUUAGUGAGCGAAAACGCAGAUCACUGAAAAGAGAAGAGAUUGGACAGAAUGGAGUACUGCCUGCCGUAGCUCUUGUUGCUUGGGAAAAAUUUAUGAGUGAAAUUGUGCGAGAGAUGAAAAACGGUACGUUUCGAUCAAAACAGCAUACUAGCACAUUUGCAAAAUUUUCAGGAUUUCUGGAAGAAGCACGAAAACAUUGUACGGGAGAAGACGACGAUUCGGAUUAG